AACCAUCUUGUUCCAACAUAACAGAUAAACAUUGUCCCGUACACAAUUCCGUAAUCAUCCAAAUGUGAUUUGUUGUCUCGUACCAUUCGUAGAAAGCCACAAUGUUAUCAUGAGAGACGUCGUGGGUAAUACCAUGUGGACGUGUGGCUAGGCUAACCACAGAUGAGGCUAUAUCGACAAUGUCUGAUCUUCGCGGUUUAACGCGACUGCGAGAUGAGCAGGAAAAGAGUUUGCAAAAUUGCAAUGACAUGAUAAGGAAAUGGGAGAAAUUCAAGAAGGAUUAUGAAUCAGUCGGAAAAUUGCUACGAGAUUUACCAAAAAAGACCGCACACGAUGUUAUGGUGCCAAUUGGCCCUUUGGCAUUCAUGCCCGGCAAACUUAUACAUACAAAUGAAAUCAUGGUUCUUCUCGGAGACAACUGGUUUGCGGAACGAUCAGCUUCUCAAGCAGUUGACAUCACAAAGCGUCGACUAAAGAGUGUGGAAGAAUACUUGGGUGAUUUAAAAAAAGAACAUUCCAACAUACUAUCCCAUAUGGCUUUUUCAUCAGAUAUUAUAAAUGUCAAGAAUCAAGUUGAUCAUCAAGAGAUAAAAGAAGAACUAACUACUAAAGAUAAAAGAAGACAAGAUGCAAAGAAGUCAGGAAGAGUUGCUCAUGCAAAAGCCACUAAAGGCAGUGUGAAAAAAGUGGACUUGCAAACCGGCACCAGUAACAGGACAAUGAAAUUAACAAAAGAUGAUCAGAACCUGUUUGCAAGACUAGAUGAACUUGAGAAAGAAGAACAAUCCCACUUGGAAAUGGAAAGUAAAAACACUCUAAUAGAUACAAAUACAAACAAAGGAGACAAUGGAGAUAAAUUACCAAGAGAAAUCAAUGUAUUUAGGCAAAAUAACACUGCUAAGGUUCAAAUAGAACCAUCUCAAAAACAAAAUCCCAAGAAAAAAGUUUCCUGGAAAACAGAUGUUGUUGAGACACCUCGUGAAAAAAUUGCAGCAGUUCCAAAAGAGAACAAAACAACCAUAUAUUUUACGCAUUCCCAUAAUAAGAUUUCUGAUGAAAAAUGUGCUCCAACUGAUGAAAAGCUCAUUAAUUCUCCCGCUGACAUCUAUAACCAAUACUUCAGAAGUGAUGAUUUAAAAAAGCAACAACGCAACCCACAGCCAUUUUCCGAUGUUGUUGUAGAGCACAAAGAUGUCUCUAGUUUAAAAAUACAACCGGAUCUUAAUCAGAGUGAACCAAGUGAGAAAAGAAUAGUAUCCAAGUUCAAAGCAAGAAGAACAAAAAAUGAUUUUGGAUGAAAAUAUUUCACGAGAAUGUGUUUUAGUCCAAUCGGAAUAUAUGAGCACAGUUAAUCUAUAAAAACAACUUCAUAAAUAUGUUUUAAUAUAUGUAUUGCAGUGUUUUCGAGUUCCAUCUAUUUGCUAAAACUAAUUGAAUCAUUUGCAAAGUCAUGAACACUAUCAUCUACAAGCUCUUCAGGUAAAGGUCCAUGAAUAUGGGGCAAAUAUGUGGGGUAAGGUGGGGGUUUAUGAUGCUUGGAGACAUCAUCCUUUACCUUUACAAUAUCACCAUUUCCACCGGGAAUUUGACCAUGAACAUACAAUACAUUAUACUUGGUAUUGAUGCGAUAGAUCUGUUAAUAAAAAAUGGCCAAGUAA